UCCGUGGACCUGUAUUACCGCCAAGCCGCCGCGGCCGCCGCCCUCCAGAAGCCCUUGGCCUACCGCCUGUACCCGCCCGGCCUGCCCAUCCUGCCGCCCGUGCCCGCCUCAGACCCCCUCCGCGACGCCCUCAGACCAGAGGCGCUCAGACCCGAAGCCAUCAGACCCGAGCUGCUGAGACAGGAGGCGCUGAGACUCGACCGGCCGGAGCUGCUCAAGUCCGAGGGAGGCAAGUUCGACGCCGGGCGCCUCCUGCCGACAGACGUGCGCGUGCUGUCCCCGUCGGGGGGCAGGGACCCCGACGACGAAGGCGUGUCCCUGGGGGAGGCGGGGAGGGUCGGCCUCCUGCGUCCCUCGGUGACCCCCUCGCCCCCCCACUGCCCCUCGCCCACAGACCUCCGGGUGAGGGUGUCCCCGGGCCCCCACAGCGACUCCCACAAAGCUCCGCACUAAACCCUCGUAGUAAACGACCAGGAAUUAAAGGGAUGACGAGGGGGGCGGAACACCUCAUCUCCAUCUCCCAGUCAACAAGAAUAUUCCAAGAUCAUUCCAAGAAAACAUUCCAAGAUAAUUCACAGGCCCAAGAUAAUUCUAGUUUAAGGCUGGCACUCUAG